AUGAACCAUGCAUCGUCAUCAUCAUCAUCAUCAUCAAGAAAUGAUGCAUCUGUAGAUGAGAUGUAUUUCUCAGCGUUGUUCGAUUACGAUGAACUCUUCCCUAUCUCCGACGAGAGCUACGCCAUGGAGCUUCACCUCCAAGAAGCCCUAGUUUCUUCCCUCUCAAGAGAUCUCCCGUUAAAGGCGGAGAAUCUUCAUCAUAACAACGUCGUUGGAGUCGCCAUAUUAUCGGAGAAGAAGAUAAAGACCGAGCCCGAAACGACGGUGAAGACAGAACCCGAAGAGCCUUCUAGAAGGUUCUGCAUCAUCUGCAUGGAAGAGAAAUCUUCCUCCGACAUCUUCCGAGGAACCACCAGCUGUACUCACUCGUACUGUACGGACUGCACCGCGAGUUACGUGGCGAUAAAGAUAAGAGAGAGCUCGGCGCGGAUUAAGUGCCCUGCCGUGGAGUGCACGCAGCUUCUGGAGCCGUACACGUGUCGUAAUCUGGUGCCACGCGACGUGUUCGAGCGGUGGGAAGACUUUUUGUGCGAGUCGUUGAUCUUGGCGUCGGAGAGAGUGUACUGUCCGCACAAGGACUGCUCGGCUCUGAUGGUGGAAGAUGGCGGGAACACUGAGGUUACGGUGACAGCGACGGAGUGCCCUCGCUGUCACAGGCUGUUCUGCGCGCAGUGCAAGGUGACGUGGCAUGCUGGGAUUGGUUGUGAUGAGUUCCGGAGAUCUGGGAACGGUAAUAAGGUGACGGUGGAAGAACAGAUGGUGAUGGAGAUGGCGAAGGCCAAGAGUUGGAGGAGAUGUCCGAAUUGCAAGUUUUACGUGGAGAAAGUUUACGGAUGUCUUCAUAUAUCAUGCAGGUGCGGAUGUGAAUUUUGCUAUGGAUGCGGAUCCUUGUGGCAUGCCCAUGGUCAGUCAUGUAACCCAAGUUGA